AUGAACACUUCUAUUCUGCACUGGCUGAAGUCUCCGAAGCACUUGCAGCCUUAUGUAGAGAUAUAUUUAGAAUAUGAAGGUACUUCAUUUGAGGAAUGGGAUGUUCCUUUGUUAUGUACUAUUGAUGAUAAAAGUGCUCCAAAGACAAUACUGCAUUGUCCAGUACCUGGAACACAUCGGAUUAAACCAAUAGUUAAAACUCCGCCGCCUCGGAGGCAGUCAACUCCUCCUACCAUACCGACCGCUUCGGUACCGAGGCCGCCUUCGAUUGUCGAACGCGAAUUACAUCAGACUCCCGUCGAUAUCGACGCUCCUGUCUCGACAUCAGGGCAGAGUUCGACACGUAAAUCUGUCGACCCUCAAGAUGACGGCGUGGAGAAUCUCAUCCACUCCUCCCCUCAUAUCGAAAAUUUGACUUCUGCUGAAGAUGUGGAACGCUUCUUAUCUAUAUCUGCAGAUGUGAAUUGUUUCAGGUGGUAUAUUAGCCAAAGCAGCAGCUUGACAUUGGAGAAUCCAAACCAGUUCAUAAAAGUAUGGAUAUUUGAUCCCGAAAAUGCUGAUAUGUCUGAAAAGAACCUCACUGCAACUUCUCCACCAGUGAUUUCUAGGAGUCUUAGCAAGCAGUUCUGGAAUUUGGGACAGACACCUGUAAUUACAACAUUUUUUGGAAGAAGACAAUAUUCUGAACGAGCAUUUCAGGACGGGAUGUGGAUAUUUGAAAUACCCAGCCUAACAAAUGACAACAUUGCACGUGUCUAUGGAAGAGCAGUUACUUUUCAGGAUUGUUUUGUUUUUGAUACUCCUUUUGUUUUUGCUCAGCCCAUAUAUAUUUUAGGUUAUGAAAAACACACUGCCAUCACUGUUCCAGCUGGUAGUGAUGCCAUUAUUGCAUGGGCUGCAUGUUAUCCAACAACAGCAGUUUUAGUGACCGAUGUCGGUACUUUCCACACGAACGAUGGAUUCUUAACUACAGAAGAAAUCAAAUUUCCACCAAGAAUUAUGGAUCUUGCCUUGAUUCACAGUGUAAAAGCAGUGGCUAUAAUUUUUCCAGAUAUUUUCAUUUUAAUAAUGGAUAUACUUUAUAAGGUAACCGAAGAACAAAUUUUCAGAGUUGGACAGAGCUAUGAUGCCCUAAACAAAAAUGUAAUUGGAAUACGAGCAAAAACUUGGUGUGCAGCCGAAUACCCUUUGCUUGACAGGACAUUAAGUGAAGUAAUUAUAUGGACAGAAGAUGAAGUCUUCUUAAGUUAUCAAAAUGACGACUAUCAUACAUUGAUAGAUACAAUGCUAUUAAAGGAAGAGCUGAGAUUACGAAGAACUCCUAGUCUAUUAAUAAUUAAUGCUUGCUAUGACUCUCUUACUACUACAAUUGCAGUGUUACUGGAGUGCACUGGAUGCAUGGCCGAUGAGACAUUAUACUUGGCCGCAUUUAAUGAGGGCACAUCUGAAUGGACCUUGAGAGACUUUUCCCUUUCUUCAUCUACAAAUGGUGCUGUGCAUAUGGAAGUCAUACCUUCAGCAACAACAUCCAUGGUGCUGUGGAAUGAUGACAAGAUUUUUUAUACGUAUAAACAAAAUAAAAUGUAUGGAUUUCUUCAAGUAUCUGGUACAAACAGGAUGUUUUCAGCAUUCGAUGAAGGUUCCACUAUUCAUCAGAUUAUUAUUGACUACAGUGGGAACACCAUAAUAAAGCUGAAAAACAAUGUUUUGUUUUUCUUAAAAUUUGAAAUGAUCGAUGCUGUAAAGCUUGUUGCAUGGGAAAGUGCAAGUACAAAAUUUGUUUUUUACUAUAAUCCUGCUGGUGAUGUGUAUUUGCUCACAAUUGAUGGUAGAAAUAUCAAACGCCAGAUCUAUCCAUUGAAAUUGGAAAUCUUUAGUGCUACCCUGGGAUUACAAGAAGUUUGUCCAUACAUAUCAUUCAAACACAGUUUGGACCUAAAUAUUUAUUAUCUAGACAUGGGAGAAAAGUUGACCUUUUGGGCUCAGAUAGUCUUUUUGGAAAAUCUGGGCUUAUCUAUAGAGACUGAAGUCCAUAGUCCAGAUUUGCUGGCCAAAAAAACACAUCAAUAUUAUGAAAUAGCUCGUGGAAUCUGCACUAAGAAUCAGACAAUCACAUUUUAUCAGGAAAACAAUUACUCAGAAAUAACUGAUUAUGAAUCUGCAGUAACUAUAUCACAGGGUGUUCUGACAGUUCAACUUGAACCUUCUUCUCUUGGAAAAACAUGUGAAUCAAAAAGCAAGCUCUCUCACAUUCGGGUUGGUUGCACUCCAGAGAAAGAACUGCGUGUUAUACGGAAACCUUCACAGUGCGAGCAAUUUAACUUCACUAUACCUCGGAAAUAUCUCAAGAACCAAGAUGACAAAAAUGACUUGGAAGUACAAUAUGCUCUGGGAACGUAUGGUUGUCCAAUAGAGGCCUAUUAUGCAGAACCGUUUCGUCCUACAGUUGCAUUGUAUAUUUCCAAUAAAUUUUGGAGUAUUGCUGAGACAAACUAUAUAUUGUGGGAAAUGAAUGGCAGGACUGAUUUUAAUUACAACACAACUAUGGAACAGGUACAGUGUUUAUACAGAGCACAGAACUGGCAUUCGAUGGCAAAAGAACAUAAUCAAUCAUCGAUCCUAACACCAGAGAAAGCAGAUGAAAUUUGGGGACCGCAUAAUUACAAGUCCUGUUUUUUAACAAGUCAAAAAGGUCUAAGAGACUUAGAUGACCCGUACGAGAUCUUAAACCAUUCUGGGAUCAACUCUAUCACUUGGCCUCAAUACCAUACUGGCGUUUAUAUGUUCAGGCUGAAGAUAGUGGACCCAAACUUCAGUUUUUGUAACAUGACUGCAUUCUUUGCUGUCCAUACAUAUGGUAUCAUUGAAAGACCAAAUUGGUUGCUGGUUGCUGGUUGGUCUAUGAUGAUAGUGACUCUCUUUUUGGGAGUCCUGGUGAUCAGCUACUUCAGAUAUGUGAAGAUAUUUCGGACACUGGCUUUUGUUGAUCCCUUACUGUCAUUUCGCUCAGAUGUUCGUCCAGCAGAGUCAGUAGAUGAACCUAAGAAAGAUUAA